AUGAUGUGCGAGGUGAUGCCCACCAUCAGUGAAGCCGAAGGCCCCCCAGGAGGAGGCGGGGGCCCCGGGUCCGGCUCCCCGUCCCAGCCGGACACGGAUUCCCAUUUUGAACAGUUGAUGGUCUCCAUGCUGGAAGAGAGGGACCGCCUUCUCGACACUCUGAGAGAAACUCAGGAGACGCUGGCGCUCACCCAGGGCAAGUUACACGAGGUUGGGCACGAGCGGGACUCCUUGCAGAGACAGCUCAACACUGCGCUUCCCCAGGAGUUUGCAGCACUUACGAAGGAGCUCAGCGUGUGCAGGGAGCAGCUCCUUGAACGGGAAGAGGAAAUCGCUGAACUGAAAGCAGAAAGAAACAACACCAGGCUGUUACUAGAGCACCUGGAGUGCCUGGUGUCCAGGCACGAGCGCUCACUCAGGAUGACCGUGGUGAAGAGGCAGGCGCAGUCUCCGGCAGGCGUGUCCAGCGAAGUCGAGGUCCUCAAAGCGCUCAAGUCCUUAUUUGAGCACCACAAGGCCCUGGAUGAGAAGGUGAGAGAAAGGUUACGAGUAGCACUUGAGAGGUGUAGUUUGUUAGAAGAAGAAUUAGGUGCCACCCAUAAGGAGUUAAUGAUCCUGAAAGAACAGAAUAACCAGAAAAAAACGCUACCAGAUGGGGUGCUUGACAUGAACCACGAGCAAGAAAAUGCACCAAGCACCAAUGGAAAGAGGUCUUCGGACGGCUCUCUGAACCAUGAGGAAGACCUCGCCAAGGUGGUGGAGCUGCAGGAUGUCAUUGACAAGCAGUCCCGAGAGCAGAGCCAGAUGAAGGAGCGCCUGGCCUCCCUCUCCAGCCACGUCAGCGAACUGGAGGAAGACCUAGACACCGCCAGGAAGGAUCUCAUCAAGUCGGAAGAGUUGAACACGAAGCUGCAGAGGGACGUCCGUGAAGCCCUGGCCCAAAAGGAAGACAUGGAAGAGAGAAUCACUACCCUUGAAAAACGCUACCUCGCUGCACAGCGCGAAGCCACGUCUGUGCAUGACCUCAAUGAUAAACUUGAAAAUGAGAUUGCAAACAAAGACUCUCUGCAUCGGCAGACCGAGGAUAAGAACCGGCAGUUGCAGGAGCGUCUGGAGCUGGCGGAGCAGAAGCUGCAGCAGACGCUGCGCAAAGCGGAGACCCUGCCUGAGGUGGAGGCGGAGCUGGCGCAGCGUGUGGCCGCGCUGUCCAAGUCUGACGUUUUGUCUUCUGGAAGCUGUGCUGCUAAAGAAGCUAAACUGUUCGAACUUACUUCCCAGCUUAGGAAGGCUGAAGAGAGACAUGGCAACAUUGAGGAGCGGUUGCGGCAGAUGGAGGUGCAACUGGAGGAGAAGAACCAGGAGCUGCAGCGGGCGAGGCAGAGAGAGAAAAUGAAUGAAGAACACAAUAAGCGUUUAUCAGACACAGUUGACAAGCUUCUUUCUGAGUCGAACGAGAGGCUUCAACUCCACCUUAAAGAGAGGAUGGCGGCUCUGGAAGACAAGAAUUCUCUAUUACGGGAAGUUGAAAAUGCGAAAAAGCAGUUGGAGGAAACGCAACACGAUAAGGAUCAGCUUGUACUAAACAUCGAAGCACUGAGGGCUGAGCUCGACCAGAUGAGGCUGAGAGGCACUCCACUUCAUCACGGCCGACCACACUUGGGCAGCGUCCCGGACUUCAGGUUCCCAGUGGCUGACAGUCACACGGAUGCCUACAGCACCAGCUCAGUGUUGCGGCGUCCCCAGAAAGGCCGUCUGGCAGCUCUGCGAGAUGAGCCUUCCAAGGUACAAACACUUAAUGAGCAGGACUGGGAACGUGCCCAACAAGCCAGUGUCUUGGCGAAUGUGGCCCAGGCGUUUGAGAGUGACGUGGAUGUGUCUGACGGAGAGGACGACAGGGACACUCUGUUCAGCUCAGUGGAUCUGCUGUCGCCCGGUGGGCAGGCUGACGCUCAGACUCUGGCGAUGAUGCUUCAGGAGCAGCUGGACGCAAUCAACAAGGAGAUCAGGCUGAUCCAGGAGGAGAAGGAGAGUGCCGAGCAGCGGGCCGAGGAGAUCGAGAGCAGAGUCGGAAGUGGGAGUCUGGACAGUCCUGGUCGCUGCAGGUCCACGAGCUCCGUCCCCCCGUAUCCGGCCUCCUCGCUGGCUGGCUCCUCUCCUCCAGGCAGUGGCCGCUCCACCCCCAGGAGGCUUCCUCAGAGUCCAGCUAGGGAAGUGGACCGACUGGGCAUCAUGACUCUACCUAGCGAUUUAAGGAAACACCGUAGAAAGUUGCCGGCUUCCCGAGAAGAGGUACGAGAUGACAAGACGACAAUAAAAUGUGAGACGUCCCCCCCCUCCUCCCCGCGGUCACUUCGGCUCGACAGGAUGCACAAGGGAGCCUUGCACACAGUCAGCCACGAGGACAUCAGGGACAUACGCAACUCAACUGGCUCCCAGGACGGUCACGUGAGCAACCCCAGCAGCAGCAACAGCAGCCAGGACUCGCUCCACAAAGCCCCGAAGAAGAAGGGGAUCAAGUCCUCCAUUGGCCGCCUGUUUGGCAAGAAAGAGAAGGGUCGACCUGGGCAGACGGGCAAAGAACCCCUGGGACAAGCCGGUGUUUCAGAGGCAGAUAACUCAUCUCCAGAUGCCUUGGCGCUUAGCAAAUUGGGAGGACAGGCGGAAAAAAAUCGUAAACUUCAAAAAAAGCAUGAAUUGCUUGAGGAAGCCCGGAGACAGGGUCUGCCUUUUGCACAGUGGGACGGGCCGACGGUUGUCGUGUGGCUGGAGCUCUGGGUUGGGAUGCCAGCCUGGUACGUGGCCGCCUGCCGAGCCAACGUGAAAAGUGGGGCGAUCAUGUCGGCCUUGUCGGACACAGAGAUCCAGCGGGAGAUCGGCAUCAGCAACCCCCUGCACCGGCUGAAGCUGCGGUUGGCCAUCCAGGAGAUCAUGUCCCUGACCAGCCCGUCGGCCCCACCCACGUCCAGGACGACCACAGGAAAUGUCUGGUUAACGCACGAAGAGAUGGAAACUCUUACGGCCACACCACAAACGGAGGAUGAGGAGGGAAGCUGGGCCCAGACGCUUGCGUAUGGGGACAUGAACCACGAGUGGAUCGGCAAUGAGUGGCUGCCCAGCCUGGGCCUGCCGCAGUACCGCAGCUACUUCAUGGAGUGCCUGGUGGACGCCAGGAUGCUGGACCACCUGACGAAGAAGGACCUGCGGGGGCAGCUCAAGAUGGUGGACAGUUUCCACAGAAAUAGUUUCCAGUGUGGAAUCAUGUGCCUGCGAAGGUUAAAUUACGACCGGAAAGAGCUGGAACGGAAGAGGGAGGAGAGCCAGAGCGAAGUCAAAGACGUGCUGGUCUGGAGCAAUGACCGAGUGAUACGUUGGAUCCUGUCUAUCGGUCUCAAAGAAUAUGCAAACAAUCUCAUCGAGAGUGGUGUACAUGGCGCACUCGUGGCCUUAGAUGAAACCUUCGAUUUCAACGCACUGGCGCUCUUGUUGCAGAUCCCCACACAGAACACACAGGUACCUGAGCUCUUUGCACACACUUCUGAGUCAACGCUGUAUCUAGGGCUUGACCGUCUUGAUGAUGACAAGAGCUUUAGGAGAGCGCCUUCCUGGCGGAAGAAGUUUAGACCAAAGGACAUUCGUGGCCUAGCUGCUGGGUCAGCAGAGACGCUCCCUGCAAACUUCAGGGUCACAUCUUCAAUGUCGUCACCCUCUAUGCAGCCAAAGAAGAUGCAGAUGGACGUCUACCCACACUACUUCUACAGAUAA